UUGUAAAAACGCUUUAGCGUCACGAAAAGAUAGUGGAGCCUAACAGCAGUAGCUCCAUGGACUGCCGUCCUCGUAAAGUCGUACAGGCGUUUGCUUUGGCCAGUCCUGUUUCAGGAAGCUAUCCCGUGGGGGAGACGUAGUGUCCCGCACUGCAAUCCGGGAGGGGACUACCCUGGGGAGGGUGUCAUAGCAGCCCCGGGGAGGGGGAGAGGAGGGUGCACCGCGCGUGCCUCUCGCGUGGAUGGAACAGCUGCUAUGUCGGAAGGAGUCCUUGAGUGAAGCCCCCCGUUGUGUGUCGUUGAACUGGCAUUCGAGCGACUCGGCGCUGGGUGGAGACCCUUGAUCUCAUCCGAAGAACCACGCUGCCUGGGGGUGCCAAAUGAAACGCGUCUGCCAGCGGGCGUUUCAGUAGGGAAGUGCCGCGAGGAGCUCCGUGUGUUGGCCAAGAACGAGGAGCGACGUGGCGCAGAUAAGAAGGAGAAAGAGAAUAAAGCGACAAGACACUUUGGAAGUCCGAUUCGUUGUCAGUGCAGGAGAAGUUAACCUUGGAGCUGAGAUUGCUGAGUGACGGACUUGGCCUUGCAAAUCUCCCAGUGGCUUCAGACGAGCGUUGGGCCAGAAUGAAUGAAGACAUUUGGCUCCACUUUUAAAGCCGUUUCCAUCAGUUAUCAGCGCACUGCACAGACGUUGGGCCAAGAAUACAGCUUUAACAUUUGAACGUCAGCAAGAAAAGGGUUUUUUUUUUGUUUCUUCAUGGUUUGUGGGAUUGGUUUGCCGGAAUAUUAGGAACUAAAACUUUCUGCUGAUUAAAUAAAUCUUUGAGAGAGGCCUGCUUCAUUUCUCGAAACAAUGGUGAAAAGUCGUAAGAUCUAAAAAUAAAAGAAAAAAGGCAAUGUAAAUUUGGCAAGAUUGAGGCCCGUUCCUGCAUGUUGUUGAAAAUGCUUAUCAUGCUGCACCAGCCGAGGAGGAGGACUUGUAAUAUUUAAUGAGCGAGUAAUGAAGGUGGAUGGCUGACUGUUUUGAACUUCUCAACUCCGCUUGGGUAAUCGGACUUUACCUUUUAUAUAAGUGAACUGCAGCAGCUUAUCCUCAAACCAGACAUAAGCAUAUUUUGAUUUUGUGUUUUUUGGGUCUCUGAUGAUUUUUUUUUUUUUUUUUUACGCCCCUGACAUUGAAUUGAGUUUGCUUAGUUGAGGUCCACGCGAUUUCCAGAAGACGCCUUUGGAAACCCGAACAUUCAUUUGAAGGAUUAAGAGAUGCGCCAGGUCCACAUUGUGAAGGCCGUGCCAAAAGACACACAUGCACACGUUUUGCAGACCUCCCUGAGUGCAGUUUGUCCUUUUUGGGUGGACUUCGUGUGCCCCUGUCAUUCCCGCUUUGCAGCCCUCCAUUAUUUCUGACAGAAUCCAGUAUUUUGAGCACUACAUUAUUUUGUUUUUUUUUUUUUCUGAAUGAAUCACUUUUGAAUGCUGAUUGUGUUGCAGCUUUUUUUGGGGAAAGAAAAAAAAAAAAUUUCCAUGACUGUAGAAAAUUGCAGAAGAGGAGGAAAAAUGUAAACAUGUGAGGGGGCUGGGAUGGUGGGAGGUCUGGCCAAGUAAGCAUUCCUGGUGGAUCACAUUUUGUGGGCAUUGACUAAUUUUACCGCAGUGGCACAUUGAGGGUUUUUUGUUUUUUCUGCUCCUCAUAUAUUUUUUUUUUUUUAUACAUCUUUAUUAUGCCAAAGAAACUUCUAGAAGGCUCUCUGCUGUUGAACGAUCCUUAAAUUCUGUGCGGGCAAGCGUGAAGGUCCAGUUGGGGACGACUUUAGAAGGCCAAACCUACUUGUUGUUGUUGUCGUCAGUGCCUUCCUUUCCCUGCACAUGUGCAUCAAGUGAAGGCCCAGUGAUGGGUAGUGCUCCGGGGCCUGGCAAGGGUCUGGGCUGUGUACCCUGGCGGGUGAGGAAACUGAAAGCCAGCGCCCAUGUCCCUCUCUCUACGCACACCAUCUAUCACGAGAAGCAGCGCCGAGAACUCUGUGCCUUGCACGCUCUCAACAACGUCUUCCAGGAUGGAGCUGCGUUCAGCCGAGAAGCCCUGCAGGACAUCUUUCAAAGGUUGUCGCCGAACACCAUGGUGACACCUCACAAGAAAAGCAUGCUGGGAAAUGGAAAUUAUGAUGUGAACGUGAUUAUGGCAGCCCUACAGACACGAGGCUAUGAGGCGGUGUGGUGGGACAAAAGAAGGGAUGUCAGCACUAUUUCCUUGCCUAAUGUUAUGGGCUUCAUCCUCAACGUCCCCUCAAACCUGUGCUGGGGUCCACUGCGUCUUCCUCUGAAGCGGCAGCACUGGAUCGGUGUGCGGGAGGUCGGGGGAGUGUUCUACAAUCUUGACUCCAAACUGAGCAGCCCACAACACAUCGGCGCAGAAGAUGAACUCAGGAAGUUUCUGCGGCACCAACUGCGAGGUAAAAACUGUGAGCUCUUACUGGUGGUUCCAGAAGAGGUGGAAGCUCAGCAGACUUGGAGGACAGACGUGUCAUGAAGAGCAGAGCAGAGGAGAGCGCCGCUCCUGACAGCCAUAUCCUGACAUUUUGAAUUCUUUUUCUGUUUAAGAUUCGAGUGGUCUUGCAGCAUUGCUCUUGACUUUAUAUAUUAUGGAACAGAAGGUAAAAACUUUUCAUUUUAUGCAGAAACCUGGAGGUCGUGGAAAGCCAUUACUAUGGAUUCUCUGCUUAAUAUAUAUAUAUAUAUAUAUAUAUAUAUAUAUAUAUAUAUAUAUAUAUAUAUAUAUAUAUAUAUAUAUAUAUAUAUAUAUAUAUAUAUAUUAAGUAUUUUUAUUAUUGCCAUUUAAUCUCCUGUUGGAUGUGGAGUAGGGGGGAGGCAAAAAAAAAAUCAACUACCUGGAUUUCCUUUCCUAAUAUUUCCUAUUUGUACGCAUCUUUUUUUAUAUUCGUUUUUGCUUCAGUUUAUCGAUGGAACAAACACCUUGAAGACAUUUGACCCGCUGUGAGCUGUUCCGUAUUUUUCUCUUUGGUGUCUGUCCCGAUACAUCAAGUGAAUUUUUACUCUUUUGUGGAUUGUACACUAAUUUGUUUUCUGCUGGGAGGCUGGAAGUAGGAUUUGAUUGAAGGGGGGAGUCAAACGGAAGAGGAUGCAGAGGGGGCUCCCGUUUUUACACGGGUGAAAGCGCAACGCUUUCUGCUUUCUGACUCUGCUGUUGAAGGGAAGUGGAGAGAGCAGAGACCGAAAAGCAGUGUUUCGUACUUUAUUUGCUGCCGACAUUCAUGAUACUCUGGUGCGACGUUUCUCUUUCGUGUUUUUAUUUUGUAUCAUUUUUGUAGUAGAAGCUAUCAUGUUUGAGCUACUGUGUACAAAUGUGCUCCUUCCACACUGACCCUGUAAGGUCCAUUAGGUGUUUGCUCCCAAAUGGCUCCGCUAAUCAGAAGAUCACAUUUCCUUGUUAUAUCCGCCUUGUUUGCAUUCAGUUCUUAAUGGUGAAUGGCCAAUGGUGAAUGGCCGCGUUACUAGGAAAGGCCAUUGGAACACUAAUGGCUUUGCAGUGAAGCUGGGUAGCAUGGGGAAGUCUGCUGAGAAACAAGAUGAGGGAGAGAAGGUGUCCAGAAAAAUAUUGGACUUGAUUUACGCCAAAUGUGCAUUAUGGGAAAUGUAAAAGAAGGGACAGCAGUUUGGGUGAACUGCAUAAAAACAGCCAUAGUGAUUCAGGGUUUCACCAGCACAACCUGGGGAUGGGGAAAGGAAGACAGUUGUCAAGUUUUGUCUGCAAAUAGUAGAUGUGUAAACGCACUUCACCAGCACAAAGCCAGAGCUUGGUGAGCACUGUGUUGAGAUCUUCUUCUUCUUCUCAUUGUAACAUAUCUUUUGUAUAAUGUUGGUCUGCAAAGACAGACAGAAUGUGUACCGUUAUAAAUCAGGAAAGGUAUGGCUUAUGAGAAGGGAUUAGUUGGCAGCACAUGUAGAGUGAGGUGUGUGUGUAUGUGUAUGGCAAAUGGAGGCCAGCAGAACUGAAUUUUUCCACCCAGCCUCCUUUGUGACGGUAACAUUCCUGGCCGCUUCCAGAAGCUGCUGUGCACUUCAGUACCGCGAUAAGAGAGGAAGACAAGAGGCGCUUCCUACAAGAUGAAAUUCCGGUGAGGCCCGUCUGCUUUUGGACCUCGACUGGUGAAAGGAACCGCGUAGGUUUCAAGUUUUCUGUGUAUGCGCUUUUUGAAUUUAUUUUCCCCCCCUUCUUUCAAGUUUGUAAAAUCUCUUUAACCCUUCACUGUUGGAUGACAUAUUGUAUAACAAAUUUGUGUUCCUUUAAAUUGUUAUUCAUUUCUCCAUUUAUAUUUGUUAUUAAAACUUGUUGAAACACUA